UUUUUUGGGGUGAUUUGUAGAAGUUAAUAAUUAGUAUAUAAUUCGAAAAAUGUCAACUAUGGAUGACGUUCUUGAAAGUUGGGAAGAAAUUGAAGAAUCAGAGUUUCAAAACCAAUCACAAUACAAACACCAGAAUGAUAAUGUUGGGAGAAGAUAGUAUGAGAUCUCAAUACGUACCUCCAAAACCAACAGUAAAAAUCUUAAAAAGGCCUACAAGAGAUUCACAAGGCAGUGGUGAUGGACCAUUAGUAAAUGGAGACAAACCAAAACAACCUAUUAAAUCUUUAAAGCAGAGGGAACAAGAAUAUGCAGAAGCAAGGAAACGAAUUCUCGGUGAAGAAAAAAGUCCGGAAGAAAAAUUAAUGCAAGAAAUAAACAGAAUUCAACCAAAGUCAAUAACUCCAAGUUGUAGUGGUUUACCAAGUAAUGUCCUUCGUAUGCCUAUUGGACCCGAUGGAACACGUGGAUUUAAUGUACGCAGGUAGCGCGUCUUACUGGGAUCAAGUCUUUCCACCCAUUUCUUUCCUUCUCUUCCUUCUUCUUGAUGCAGGGAAGAGAGGCAGCUAUGAGGCUGAUGGCAGAAAACAA